GGAAAAAUGAGACGUUUGCAUUGUUGGGCUGGUUAGCUACUGAAAAGAAGUUGCCCCAUUGAUCCUGAACUUUCGUAAAAUGAAGUGAUAAUUCUGCAUACAGUUUGUGGCUGUAUCUGGAGCCAAACAGAAGACAACUGGGAGUUAUUAUUGUUUGCAGAAAAGGCUUGACAAAAUGCACAAAUCUGUGGAAUUUUGCCUUGUAUCCGUAAUUGUCUGUCAAUGGUGUAUCCCACUACUGGGGGCAGAACCACAGCUACCAUUAGGAGGGUCAGCUGAUGAAAACAUCACUUGCCCUGAAGUAUGCACCUGCAUUUUUGAUGAUUACAGUGAAGAACUGAAUGUCUAUUGCAGCUCUCGCAACUUUACAAGCAUUCCAAACGAUCUACCGUUAAAUGCUAAAGCCAUUUGGUUUGACUCUAAUAACUUCACAGUUCUUCAAUCCCAUGCUCUCAGGAAUAUGUCUAAUCUGGAUUUCUUGAACCUAGAGAAUAGCUAUAUAGUUACGGUCGAGCAGCAUGCCUUCGACGGUUUGAAGGUGCUAGUUCACCUCCAUUUGGAAAGGAACAAAUUGAAAUACCUAGUACCAAAUGUAUUCCUCCACACUCCAUCUCUUGGAUCACUCAGUCUGAACAAUAACAACUUUGGCAAAAUUGAAGAUGAAUUGUUUUCUGGCCUCUCUCAUCUCUGGUACCUGAAUCUGGGAUGGAAUAAUCUGGCAGUUUUGCCUGCUACAGGCUUUCAUGACUUACCAAACUUAAAGGAACUUAUUUUGGCAGGAAAUAGAUUAACCUACCUGCAGUCCCAACUGUUUACACGUUUGACAGAUCUGAAGGAACUUGAUUUAUCAGGAAAUUUGUUGAGGGGCAUUAAGGGGAAUAUCUUUGUGAAGCUGCAAAAGCUUCAGAAGCUUUAUAUGAGUCAUAACCAGAUCAGUACCAUAGUACCAAGAGCGUUUAUGGGGAUGAAAUCGCUCAGAUGGUUAGACUUGUCCCACAAUCGCAUUACAGUACUACAUGAAGAAACAUUCUCUGGCCUUCUAAAUCUGCAUGUGCUUCGAAUGCUCAACAACUCCAUCACACAGUUGAAGCCCAAGACGUUCACAGAACUUCAGUUUCUGGAGGAACUCCAGCUUGGGUACAACAAAAUCAUAAGUCUUUCUGAGAAUGUGUUUGAUGGGUUAGUACAAUUGGAAGUCCUCACACUAAACAAUAAUCAGAUUCAGCAGAUCAAACCAGGAACAUUUGUUGGCCUUCGUGAGGUGGCUGUACUGAACCUAUCCAGCAACUCCUUAAAGAAUUUACCAGACCAUUCAUUUACAGGUCUUAUUAAUCUACAUAGCCUGCAUUUAGAAAAUAACGCAUUCACCAGAAUUCAACCAAACACAUUUUCUGGAUUGUUCUGCCUUCGAAGACUCUUCCUGCAAAACAAUUACAUUUCGGUUAUUCAGAAUCAGAGCCUCAGUGACUUAAAACAGCUUUCGGAACUGGAUUUCAGAUACAACAAACUAACACAGAUAUCUGUUCAGGCCUUUGUUGGUGUACCAAAUCUGGAGUAUCUACUAUUAAAAUGCAACGAACUUCAAUACAUUUCUGAAACCACCUUUCAACCUUUACACCUCCUCUCGUGGCUUGAUUUAUCGGAGAACUUCAUUGAGUUUUUCUAUAAUUACACUCUGACACCCUUGACAAAGUUAAAGUAUCUGAACCUUAAGAGCAACUCUUUAAAGCACUUCCCCCCACAGCUUUUGGAGCAGGCAACACAAUUGGAGCAACUACUGCUUGGGGGUAACAAUUGGCACUGUGACUGUUUGCUAAAGUCACUCAGAGAUUACUGUCUAAGGAAUCCCCACGUAGUUCCCCGUUAUUUCGAAUCAGCAGUAGAAGAUGGUACAAUCAUGCACACUUACAACAACAUCACCUGUGCAAGCCCAAAAACUAUUGCGAGCACAGAUUUGAGGGACAUUAGUGAGGACUAUUUUCGUAAUUGUUAAUAUCAAGAGCAAGAUGCAUUCCUGCAAUCAUCACAUGCAUUUUGCCCUAGUAUUUUAACUGUGACAACCAGGUGUACAUUUCAUAUGUAAUUAUAAGUAUACCAAGUGAAAUCAAGGCUAGACAGGCCUAUUUGGUUUGGAUCCCAAUAUUACCAAUCAAAUUUACAAUGAAUAGGACAAUUCGUUCGGCUUAGUGUGUUCUAUUAAGCUCAUCAUAAUAGCUUUAGAAACAAAGUUUGGUCAUUGUCUUAAAAUCAUAAUAACAGCACUGACUGGAGUGUUAGUCUCUAACCUUAGUAAAAUGUCUACAAAGUAUCACAAGUUAUCACAGACAACCAAAACUAUGAUUGGAACAAGUUCCUUAUCACUUUAGAGUGAAAGCUACUCGGGUUGGAGGAGAGGGUCACUGUGGUAGAAAAUAGGUCUGAGUGUUCCGUGCUAUAACAAUUCCGUGAUUGUGUAAGUGAUAUGAAGUAAAAGAAAAUUGUGAGUUAAACUAAAUAAGCUAAACAUGACAAACUUGUCUCAGCAACAGGGAGGGUAAAUAUGGAUUAAUUUAUUUCAGAACAUUUGAGCCACAAAUAAUUUCACUCAAAUCUAUACAAAUAAUUAAUAGAGAAAUUUUGCCCCUUAUUACUAAUUCAGAUAACUGAAGUGUAAUCGGUUACCAAAUGACAAAAUGUUUGUUGAGUGUAUUUAAUGCAGUGCAUGUUACCAAUGAACAUAACACGGAUAUUAGGUCAGUUUCUUUGGGACAGAUCCAUAGGCCAAACACUUUGUUGUUAGUCUUUUAAGUAAUGAUGGUCAUUGUUUGAUCGGAAAUAAAUGCAUGCUCCAAAAUGACAAAUUUUUUUUGCAAAACUUCAAAUACCUUUGCCAUACCUUUUUCCUGUUGUCUCCUGUACACUCUACUCCUAAGCAUCCCCAAAUCCCAUUCUCAUCUCUUGCUUUUUGCUCCAUAUGGAGAAAUGGUUUAUUGUGUUUUCUCCAACACUGCAGCUCAAAAUUGGAUAGAAACAUGGGGACCAGGUGGCUAUUAACUGCACCCUGUGCUUUUCUAUUUCGAUUUGAUCUUGAUUAAUUAGGCAAGUGCUCCCAUUGUAAGCAGAAAGGUUCCUCUUCAGAGAGCUGCACAGUUCAAUAUUGUUUAUCAUUCACAGCUUAGAAGACUCAUACUUGAAAACUGACUCUGAAAUGGUCAUUUUAAAAAGGGUUAUUCUACAAUGGUGACAUGAGUAACAAGGCAGGCAUGUGGAAUUGAAGCACCCAGCCAUAUUAAUAAACUAUAGUGGAGACUCAUCGACUUCUAUUCUUAAAAAUUACAUACAAAUUAACAGAGUAAAAUAGUGAGGUUAUGGUAGACAUAUUGUUAUGGAAAAACAGUAAGCUGUUUUACCAGGCUCUGCUGUACCUAAAUCAGUAACAUCUUAAACCGGUCCUUCACUUGAUGGUAAAAAAUCUCCCUAAAAUAUAUAAUUUAACAUAACUUGGGGGAAGAGAAUCAUUUUACAGUUGUUAGGGAAUCUUUUAUGUGCAGUUAAAUAAUUAUUUGUAACAGAGACUUUGAGACUGUCAAGAGUGUGGUAAUGGAAAAGCACAGGUCAGGCACCAUCUGAGGAGCAGGAGAAUUGACAUUUCAGGCGUAAGUCCUUCAUCAGGAAUUGAGUAGACUGUCCAAAUGCAAUUUUAUUACACAAGACACCAAUUGUAUAACAAUACAUUAAUACAAUCUAGUUUCUUGCAGACCCAAGGUGAUCUAACUUAGCCUCUGUUAUGUUUUGAACUUCUGACUAUCCUGUUCCGAGUUUCUAUGUACCCUUCCUGAGCAAAUUACAUCAUGAUACCUAACACAUAUACUCUUUCUUGUACAACCUGCAGACUUGGCAUAAUGGCCACCCUGAUGGUUUAACAAUUACUUGUUUAAAAAUGACUUCAUUGAUCCAUCAGCAAGAGCAGCUGCACUGGACUUUUUUUUUUUAAUACUUGGUACUCAACUAGCCACUGCAGUGAUGGAAAGGAAAACAAAAAGCAUAGAAUGAGAAGUGGGGUGCAUUGGAUUAAAAGCAUGUGAAUUUGUAAUUAGGGUUUUUGAUUGUGCUGCCAACUCAGGAAUGACUGCUAUUCUGUAGCGCUUCUGAGCUAGAUAAGGACUUUUUAUCUUUCCUAUCAGCAAUGAACAAUUAUUCAUGUUGACUGGACUCCCUAGAAUACUGGAAAGUUAUAUAAUUAUGUGUACAUCAAACCAAGGAAGCAGUGAUUUGUUUCAAGCUGAAUGAGAGUUUAAAAGCAUUACUCCAAUUUUUGACACAAGCACAAUACCCAGGAAACAAUGAUUUUGGCCAUAAAUAAUGCCUAUUACAAAUGAAACAGAAUAAUGCAAACAAUCUCAAACACUUAAGUGCUUAGGCAUACCCCAAUGCUUGCACCAUCAUACGAUGAGAUGGGAUGUAGGAGAAAGUAAGGGCUGCAGAUGCUGGAGAGUCAGAGUCGAGAACGGUGGUGCUUUAAAAGCAUAGCAAGUCAGGUAGCAUCUGAGGAGCAGGACAGUCGAUGUUUUAGGCAUAAGCCCUUCAUCAGGACAUUCCUGUGUUUUUCCAGCACCACCCUUUUCGACUCUGAGAUGGGAUGUAGCCAAUUGUUCCAGCCAAUGGUUUCUGGAUAUCUGAAUUCAAACUUUAUAAUCACAUUAGAUAUAAUUAAGUAUAGGAUUCAGGAAAAUACUAACAGGUUUCUAAUAUUAAUACACUUGUCCUACAAAAUAAGUCACAGGGAUGCAAGCCAUCCAAAACUGAUAUUCUUUAGAACAUUAUAAACCAGAAAUAGAUCAUUCAGUUAAGCUGCAGCCCAUCUUUAACUUGCACCUUGCACAGCAGAAAUCAAGGAUGGAAAUUUACAGUAUUGGGCUGUAGUUAAAAAUGGUUCACCUUCAAUUCUUUAAUUAUAAUUCCACUUAUUCCAGAAUAUGCCAAGCAAUUCCUUUAUUUUUGUUGUUUCCUGUUUCUUUGAUAUCCACUCAGGCAUGAGGAUGCAACAAAUCCAAAUCCGGAGUUGUGUCCCUCCUCACAAUAGCACCAGAGCAUUCCUCUUGUGUUUGCUUUUCAAGAAAAUCUUGACAUAAUUCAAAAUCAAACCUCACAUCAGUCAUUCAACACAAAUGUUUGUGUUACUAG